AUGCUGUCUGCUCCGGUCAAGUCAGCGAAGCGCAUUUCGUCUCUCUUUUCCCUGGGCUCGCACAAAGACCAGGCCUCCCCAUCAUCCCCCACCUUCAACGCAUCAGAUCACAUUCCCAGCGAGCGACGCCGACGACAAAGUACCUCCCGGCUUACUCGUCAUGUCUCGACCCCAACGGCCCUCUACUCGGAACCCCGAACGGUCCCCAGCGAGGGUAUCGACCGGCUCGACCUGGAGGGCUUACCACCACCACCGCCCUUGUCCCACGUGAACAGUGAUUUCUCCAGCAGCGCCCCGACCUCGCCCGUUGACGGCCGACCGAAGAGCAGGGGGCGCGACUUCAGUAGGCCCUCCAGUUCGGCUGGGUUGGCCAUCCCCCGCACAAACACCGAUUCUCGGCCAGGGACACCAUCGAAACGACGAAGCUGGAUGCCGGGUCGCUCAAGGGCCAACUCGGUGGAGAAGCGAGCGUCGAUGAUGCCAAUGCCACAAUUGCCGGGGGCGUGGAUUGCAGGGUUGGACCAGAAGAUUGUCUACGAUCUGGGACCAUUAUCGCGCGGAGAACAGAUUGCCGAACUGUGGAACGAACAGGGCGACACCUAUGUGUACCUUUUCCCCCAAAACACCGGUCGUCCGGCCUCAUUCAAGAUCGAUUCGACCAUUUUCGCCGAAUCUCCCUCCCUCACCUAUCUGGCCCGUGGCACCGAUGCCAACGCGAGAAUCCUCGAGAAACCGACACGCACUCUUUCGCUCAACAACCCAGCGUCCCCGCCACUGGGUGCGCAAGAUCAUUUGGCGGACAAUGACAACGAUAGUUCGGGCAGUCACCGGAUGGACUCGUUUGAUGACGGGCCGGACGAGUUCCAGGAACUACACCUCUACCUGCCGAUCCCUCUCAACAGCGACGUCAGCCUGCCCCAAUUCCAACUGACCCAAGAAGACACCGAGACCUUGCUUCUGUUCCGAAACCUGUUCUCCUUUUUGAUGGGGCAGUCUCUGAUCGCCACGCCCAAGUCUUCCUCUCUCUUCACCAUUUUCAUGGAUAUUGCCGUGCUCCUGGCUCGCUUUGAGUUCUCCAAUCUGGACGGCUCGAACUUUGGCGAGACGGCCACCUCUAGCUUCAGCAACUACUGCGACGAACUGCGACUGUCAGACGUGCGCCGGAGUCGGGAGAAGACCAUCGAGGCCAUUGUGCUGGGUGAGCGCCUGCGCUACUAUCCGCUCUACCUGGAAGGGUUUGUGCACGGAGUCGGAAAGCUGGAUGAGCUCAAGCAAAUUCGCAGCCAGAAAUACCAAUUUAUUCAUCCGAUCACCCAGAAACGAUUGGAGCGCGGCUUCAUCGAUCUCGAUUCGCGCCUUCGUGGGCUGUACGGCAAGCUCCAGGACUUCGACUUCCCGUCGGUUUUCUCAGGCAUUGCCAACUCGACCACGUCGCAGGCAAGCAAGGUGGUACGGUUCAAGAUCUGGAAAUCGAGUUUCCUGGAAUUCCGCCGCUUCACCCUGCAAUACUACCGCCAGAAGUAUGGCGCGUGGCCUCCCAAGGCUCGGUCCAAGAAGAACGAGUUUGAGGAAAGUGGGCUUAACCGGCUCCUCGCAUUGGAUCUCUACCACGACUUUACCGAUCUCUACGACCUGUUGGUGGACCGCACCUCUCUCACUACGCGCACCAUGGACUCGGCUGCGAGUAACGACCCUAUCUCCUCUGAUCCAAAGGAGGUGGCGCUCCGCUCCCUGCGCCAAGUUCUCAGCGAGUACGACCGCAGCACUCCGCCCGUUCUCCCCCCGAUUCCAUUCGACAUCCCGCAAAUGCCGUCUGUGCAACCGCUGCACCGGAAACCCCUUGACCCUAAGAAGGAGGCUAAACAGCGGAGCAAGAAACUCAAGAACUCGGACAUCAACGCUGUGCUGAUGAAUUCGUACACCCGGGAAAGCAUGCGACCCACGCCGUUCAUCGAGAGUUUUAUGCAGUUUGAACGGCGGUGCGCAAAUGGCAAGAGCGUGGACGAUCUCAUUGACUUGCGCUGUGGACAGUGGAUUUUCUUGUACGCUGUCAUUCAGUCACUGCCCAUGCUCGUGGUGGAUGUGCCUGAACUGCAUUACACGGAAAAUGUGGAGUAUUUCCUCUGUAUCGCCCCACGGGGUGGUGCUCCCUGGAUUCACAACGACACCAAGACCGCUCGCAGCUGGUUUGGUGUUGCAGGCGGUGCCGGCGUGGUCAGUCUCCCGUCGGACGUGGUGAUCAACGGUGUGGAAGGCGUGUAUCGGCGAAGCCAUUGCUGGCAGGUGGCUGAACAGUGGGCGGGCACGGACCAGCUGAUCGAACCCCCCAUGAUGGAGGAUGCCUUUGAGGAGGACGAGUCCUCGAUCUCAUCUCCCUACCAGGCCCAUCAGUCCUCGGCCGGAUCAUCCUCGGAUCAUCCGCAGCCGACUCCAAUGAUGAUGCCUGGCGGCGGCCUCACUCCGCCUCCGCCCGCUAUUCCGCGGACAAGCUCACCUGCGUCGCGAUCACGAGCUGACCACCGACACUCGAUCUAUCCGGGUCUGGAAGCGUUGCCAUUGCCCGCAGGCAUUGCUCCCAUCGAACCACCCGCCCGACCUAUCAGUCGGUUCAACCCGAACAUGAGCUUCGACGACAUCCUGAGAGAAGUCCCUCCGAAGAAGGGCAAAAAACACUAA